AUGCUCGCCGCGACAACAACCGACACGCUGUGUAUCACAGAUCCUGCAGUCCUAAAAAAGGCUCCCUCCUCAAUACCAUCUUGCCUCGACCUUAUCAACCCGCCAACAGCGAGCGCAUGGUCAUCUGACAACGCCUUUCUCUACCUCUCAUCGGCCCACACCAUCCACAAGUAUGAUCCAUCGUUGAACUCUCUGACUGACGUAUGCACGUCUUCCGAGCCAGAUUCUAUUGCACAUUUAGUCUCAAAAGACAAAGGGACACUCUUUUUCGCUGUUGGAGACAAGGUUCAGGUUCUGGAGGGUGGAAAGAUCACGCAGACGUUCGAUUCACACAAAUCAUCAGUGACUUCAUUGUCUCUCUCAAACGAUUCUACGCUUCUUGCAUCCACGUCUACGGGGGCAGCGCACGUAUACAACCUCUCUUUGGGAUCCCAUACCGUUCUCCGAGGGCUAGCGGGCCAGUCUAUACUCGCCUGUACAUUCCACCCACACGCCAGGACUAGGCUCUUGAUUGCGUGUGGAAAACAACUCAUGGUGUAUGACACCACGCGUCCUUCUGGGCCAAGUAAAACCAUCGUCAUGAGCGAAUCCACAUCUGGGAAUAUCACCUCUGUUGCUUGUAGUCCUUUCAGCAAGACGCUCGUGGCAGUUGCCACCUCAGGAGGCUUUGUUGGGCUGAUAGAUCUUGAAAAAGAAAAAGCCCUGUUCCGAACCCUCAACCUCAAGCUCACCUUGACCUCCAUAGGGUUCUCACCAGAAGGCGCAGCAAUCUACCUCGGAACUGAGAACGGCAAACUCCUCAUCACAGACCUGCGUGCAUUGGACAAACCACCCAAGACCGUUGUCCUCAGCGAAAUAGGCAGUCGUAUAGAAACUAUCAGCGUACAGAAAAAAGUCAAGCUAGUCGCAGAUACUUCUGCGAAGCCAUCUGCAACACCCGCGACGACAGAACUGACCCGUCGUACAUCCGCCACUGCAGCAAAAUCCGCCGUUCCAUCGCCUGCGCGUCCAAGAGCUGCCCGUGUUGGAUCAGGCACGUCGCCUGUAACGCGACGACUACCUUCAUCAUUAAAGGAGGGAGGAGUUACUUCUUCGCCACUUUCCAAAGCCAGUGGUACUGUACCAAUACCAAAGAAAAAAGUACUCUCGCCUGCAAAGGAUCCUCAUGGAAACAGCGCAAGUACGGGCGACAUUUCUGUGGAAAUUGAAACUCUUGGUACUUUACGAGGAAAUACCCAAACCACCCCGGUGAAGAAGGCGGAGAACAGUCCCCCAGUCAUAGAACCAUCUCCAACAAUAAAAACGUUCAUUUCAGCUGGAAAACUUCGUUCCUCCGCAGCUGCUACUACUACUACAGAGGAUCCCCCUCGCAGAGCACGAACAGUACCAAGUAUAUCGUCCCGGACACGGAAAACAUCAACCACCUCAACUACGACCUCGAUACCACCCCAGCCCACUUCAGCACCAGAUGAUAAACUCGCGGUUCCAACAACAAAGACACGACCACGUACAGCCUCCUCCGCCUCUCGUGCCACAUCCGAGUCCGCAUCAGCCGUCUCCAGCCGUUCUGCACGCACAGCAACGGGCAGCAGCGCAACCUCUUCCUCGCGGCCUUCCUCAUCUGCCUCUCCCGCAGGUGAACGAAGGGCGAGUUCACCUGUACCCCCCGUUCCCUCUCUUCCUCAUCUUCUUCCUCCAAGGAGGUCAAGAAGCCGGACUCCGUCUCCUGACCUCCCAACUCCUCCCCCGGAUCCCAUCACACCUCUCCCCGCACACAAGCACAAGCACAAGAAGGCGAAUAUGGGUGUGUUGGGGCUUGGCACGCCUGAGGUGGAUAGGUGGAUUAAUGCUGGGAAGGGGGUUGAUAUUAAUGACAAGGCGAAGGAACGGGAAAGGAAGGGGAAGGGGAAGAGUGUUGGAUUUAGGGAUUAUGAAGACGAUGAAGACGAGGAGGAGAAAGAAAGGGAGAUGGAACGCAGUUUGAGCAUGCAAGUCUCCCCCAUCCGUCGUUCCACCACCACCACCACCUCGCCCUCUGGCUUACAAGACACAAAAACCUGGGCCCCCUCACCCCUCCGCGCAUCCACCUCAAACAACGGAAGCUCCUCAGCCCAUGAGCUCCUGAAAACGAUCGUGCAAGAUGUCAUGUAUGAUUAUCAGCGCGAGGCGCGGCAGGAGAUGGUCGGGCUUCAUUUGGAUCUUGUGAGGAUGGGGAGGGGGUGGAAGAAGGAGUUGAGGGGGCUGAUGGAUGAGUAUGUUGGUGAUUUGAGGGAGCUGAGGGAGGAGAAUAGGGCGUUGAGGGAGGAGAAUGAGAGGUUGAGGAGGGGGUAUUAUUGA